AGUAUCUUAUGAAAGCUGGUAGCGCUAGAGACUUUAGAGUGCUCAAUGUUUUCAUUAAAUUAUCAGCAUUGGUAAAAGAGGAAGGUCUAUUUCCCUGUAUUCCAAAAAUAGAUUCCUGAAUAAAUCCACAAACAAUGGUGAAUGUCAACAAAGGCGUGCUUGUUGAAUGCGAUCCGGCUAUGAAAGUUUUUCUAUUAAAUUUGGAUGAAACCGAAGCUUUAGGCUGUAGAUUCGUUUUGCAAAAUCUCGAUGAUACGCAUCUUUUCAUAACAACAGAAAUCCUCUCAGUGUUGCAAGACAGAGUCGACGAUUUAAUGGACAAACUUUCUUUUCCCCAACAAACGGAAGAUAGAAACUAA